GUUUUUUUACCAUUCAAUCAAAUCUUCACAUAAAACAGCAUUGUACAUAUAUAAAACUACAUAAAAACUCAGCAUUGCAUUUUAGCUUCAUUUCGAAAAGGCCAAAACACUUCUUUUUAAAAUGAAUUUUUAGCUUAAAUAAGGACAAUUAAACGUUAAUUAGAUCCAUCAAAAUGGCAAUAGCCGAAUCUAAGGUUCAAGAGCCUUUCAGUGCUACAAGCGCUCAAUCUGUUAUGCAUCCAAUGAUGCAAAAACAGACCAAAACUAUGCCUCCCAUUAUGCGCCAUGUUUUACCAGACGAGCCUAACUUGAACGAAAUGCCUUCCAACUUUCACCCAGUGAAGAUUUCACACGCUGUUACUUUGUUCACGGAUCCUCACUCACGUGAUCUGACUAAGCGACAUUUGCAUAUAUUGCAGAAAAUAGUGACUGAGUAUGAAGAUGGGUUCUACUUGCGAGAUCUGGUUGACAUUUUGACUAUUUUGAACGCGUGUGCUGACAGGAGUCUGGAAGAUCAGAGGUACUUGAGGCCUAUGAUUCAGAUGAUCAAGAUUGCGGAGAAGCCGUUCAAGAAAGAGAAGCUCUCGGACGACGUGGCCUAUAAGGGAGUGCUGCGAGACAGCUUCGCCCAGUUGGGGUUCCUGCUGAGGAUAGACAACGAGGAACUGCAACUUCAGAUAUGCCACACCCUCCUAGCUAUAUACUUGGGAUCAGCCAUGCCCAAACCAAAGGUAAAGAAGGAGGAAUCGGAGACAGUGAGGAAUGCACCGGAUGAGGAGCAGAGAGUUCCGACUGAACACAGCAGAUACAUGUUGGAGUUGAGUGAGGUGGCAGAGACACUGGUCAAGGCCAUGACACUACUCCAGUCUCCACUAGUCAUUAAUGUCCUCUUCCAGAUCCUGCGCUACCUGACUACCAAAUCAGCCACUAAUUGUCACCUGGUCAUCCAAUCAGGAGGCGCCUUCUCUAUCUCCAUUCGCAUGCCAACGAUCGAAGAUGAAGUCGACAGGGGUCUGUAUCUGUCUACUGAGAUUCUGUGGAAUCUGCUGGAGUACGGAGACGCAGUGGCAGUCACAGACCAGAUUGCCAAUCAACCUUGCAUGGGAGCCAUCUAUGACACGUUCGUUACACUGGUACCAAAGACACACAGCAAGCACUACAGGACGAUUCGAAACGACCUGCUGGCCAUCAUCAACCUCAUAGCUAAAACGGACCCCCUAGCACCAUUCAUCGAAGUUGGACUAGCUAGAACAAUCCUAUCUCUAUUCUCAUACAGCGAAACCAGAUCCACUUACGAAAUCACGAGGAACUUACGCUUCUCAGAAUGUGAAGAGGACUUUGAAUUCAAACGAAUGCUCCUUGCUGUCAUCAUGAACUUAACUGAGAAUCCAUCAUUCACGCCUCUUAUGAAGGAAUUCAAACUCCUUCCCGCUAUGUUUUACUACGUCAGCCCGGUUCCUGAUAAAGAUAUCACUUGGCUACCUUCACAAUUCGAGGAAAUCCAGCUGCAAUGUUUGGCUUCGAUUACAAAACUUCUACCCACCAUGCUGGAAGAACUAGUCCAAACAGGAGGUUUGGGAGCUCUUUGCGGGUUUCUGGAUUGGUGUCUAGAGCCAUCAGAUCAAGAUUACAAAGGACAUGGAAACAGUGUCUUUGGAACAGGAGGCCGCGGUUCGAAACUAGCUCAAGCUAAGUACACGUUGAAAAUUAUGCGGAAGAUAAUAUCGCUGGGAGAUGAGCCAAUAAUCGAGGGUCUUAUGGGAACUGGUUUAUUAGCAACUUACUUGGCGGAGCUGAACAAAGCUGUCGAUAUAAUGGACAGCACGGUUGUUCACGACUUCACGCCUCAAGCACAAAGCAUUGCACCGGACGCUUUCAUCAAUUUGGAUAUCACAUGUGAAAUAAUGUACACUUUGGCAUUGCUGAUGGAAAGUAGCAACGACAGGAAAGAAAAUAUAGGCGAAGAAGCAAUACAGAUUCUGACCAAAACCCUUCGGAUAAACCCAAAGAAAGUCUGUCUUGGUCUGGGAUACAGCCGACUUAUCCUCGCAACUCUCGAGACAGUUUGGAACUGUGUUUGCGGGUCAUACACAAAUGAGUGCAUCUUUCUCGAACUAGAAGGAGUGUUCGUUCUUUUGGACUUGCUUCAGACUCAAGUGGAUAAAAGCGAACAAGCCAGCCGGGCUAAAUUGGCCAACAAAAAUGGAGAUAGUUUGAAAUCUGUGAUUUUAGGAUGUCUCUUGGACUUACUGGAGAAUCCGAAGUCGCUGCAUCACGCCAUGACUUGGAUAGGAAAGUCUGAGCUCAAAAUAGCGAAGCUACUUAUCAUUCUGUGGCAGCAAGACUGCGUUGGAACAUCGACUAGUCUUCCAGGCCAAAAACCGCCCGAGGAGCGAAUGUUCCUUCGAGACCCCGACAAUCCGCUCGAGACAGCCCUGGAAGAAAACGCUCCACGUUGCUCGAAUGAAAUGAGCUACAGCAUAUCACAAGUAAGCGUCGACAUGAAGCCAAAGAUUUUUGGAAUUUUCACCAAAAUUGGAUUCAACGAGCUUCCAGGUCUGGCUCCGACGGAUUAUAUAUGGCUCGCUAACAUCGAGCGGUACUUCGACUUCAAAAUAAGCGAAGUUUGGAAGGAAAUUACAGAAGAACUUCGUGAGCAAAACAUAAGUCCAAUUGGCCAGGAUAAACAAGCCCUCGAAGCAAUUUCACGAAUUUCCCGAGACAGAGCUGAAGCGACUCUGGCCUACCAGAAGUCGCUCCAUGAAACAUUCGAACAACAGGAAAAUGCAGACGAAAACAUGGUGUACUCUGAGAUCAAAUCAAUGCGGAAGCAGCAAGUCAAACUGAAGACCGACUUUGAUGCAUACGUCCUGCGAACUUCGAAUUAUGGAGCUCUCAAAAUGGCUAAAAAAGAACAAGAAGCUUCAAUUGCGAACUCUCGUAUUGAUAGCUCAGUGUUGAAGCACCCAUUCUUCCACACUACAUCUAUUGGCAAACUUAACUCUACGGUUUUUGCGUCUCGACAAGUGACGUCGGACAACAUGCCGGUUCUUCCUGAAGACCAGAGGCCUUCACGAAACAAACCCAGACAGCAGACAACUACUUCUUCCCGAAAAGCCUUCUUUAAUGCUCCUGAAACUUAAUUAAAUAGCUGUUGAUCGAUAAAAAAUAUUCUGAUUUUA